UUGUGUCAGAGUAGGCGUUGACAUGCCUGCGGCAGACAGGGGAGUGAAUUCAUCCAUCCGCCCUCCAGUCUUUCCUGAUGUCUGAGGACUGCUGUUAAAAUAGCGAGCACAAUCUGGCUCGUUCAGGGAAAAGUCUUUGCUGUUUUGUUUGGUUUUCGCGCUCUUUCAUCUUUUUUUAAGCUGCACAGCUUCAUUCAGUCGUGAUGUUGCGGAUUGUGGUGUUGAUGGUGCUGCUGGCUGUGGCGGGCUCUGCGGCUGCGCUGCCCAAGAACGAAACCUUUAUUCGGACAUUUUCUGGUUUCUUCCUCACCGUCACCGAUGAGCCAAUCGAUUUCCUUGACGUGCAGGAAGAGGGCAGCGGCUCCGGAUCGGGACAAGUAUCCAAACCCAAGAAAGAUCACCACCACCAUGUGGCUAAAAAGACUUAUCACAUCUCUCCAGAGGCCUCCAGCUUCCUCACAGGCCCCGUGUUGACCGUUAUCAUCCCAACAAUAUACAUUCUGGUGUUUAUCAUCAGCGCCCCUCUAAAUCUUCUGGCGCUGGUCAUGUUUGUGCGCAAAGUGAGACCGAAGAAACCGGCGGCGAUUUACAUGAUGAAUCUGGCCUGCGCUGACCUUCUGUUCGUACUGGUGCUCCCGUUUAGGAUAGCCUACCAUUACAACGGAAAUAACUGGAUUUACGGGGCGGGCAUGUGUCGUUUCGUCACGGCUGCUUUCUAUUGCAACAUGUACUGCUCUGUGCUGCUGAUGAUGUGCAUUAGUGUGGACCGCUUUAUGGCUGUCGUUUACCCGAUGGACUCUCUCACCUGGCGCAGUCCGCAAACUGCGUCCGUCGUGUGCGCCGCCAUGUGGCUUUUAUCCAUCGGCGGUGUGAUGCCUUUGCUAAUUUCCAAUCAAACCAUUCACCUACCUGACCUGGGCAUUACCACCUGUCACGACGUCCUUGACAUCGACCAACUCCGCGAGUACUACCUGUACUUCUUCCCCAUCAUCUCUUCGCUUUUCUUCUUCAUCCCGCUCAUCUUUAGCACCGUCUGCUACGUGCGCAUCAUCCAAGCCUUGUGCGCGGCCAACGUGGAAAACCGCGCGAAAAAAACGCGGGCUCUUUUUAUGGCCGUUACUGUCUUUGCUGUUUUCGUCAUAUGCUUCGCGCCAACAAACAUCAUCCUGUUGUCUCAUUACGUGCAAUUCGCUCAGGCGCACAGCGAUGCGUCCUACGCCGCGUAUCUGGUGUCCACGUGCAUAGGGAGCAUCAGUUGCUGUCUGGACCCCCUCAUGUACUACUUCGGGUCGUCUCAGUGCCAAAAACAGGUUCUCGCCUUUCUCAAGUGCCAGGGAGUGUCAGGCAUCGAGAGGAGCGCACAGUUCACCAGCACCACCAGAUCAAGCAAGCUGGAGACUUUCAAAAGCAGUGUCAGCAACCAGUACAGGAAACUGAUGGCAUGAGGAGGCUGGUCAAAAACAGGCUGGUUUUACAAGGGGUUUUGAGAACUUUGCAGCUCGACAGGGUGAGAGACCUUUCCAAACCUGCUGUAGUAGGUUACCGAGGACUUUAAAUCAUUUACCUUUUCAGGUCCAGCUCAUUUAGGAUGAUUGGAGUUGAUUGCACUAUCACUGGAACUCUUGGAUUAGCUAAUAUUCAUAACAUUUCCAAGAAUAUCUAAAUGACUCUGGCACUUGACUAUUUCUAUGCUUUUAUAACUUCUUUGCUAAUGUAGAGAUUCUUGUUUAUUUUUGUAUUAAUUUGUUACUAUGUCAAAUAGCUAUAUUCUUGCCAAUAAAAACAUAUUUACAUA